AUGGUCCGUCGGCGUCAUAGAACAUUCACUUGCGAUGAAACGAAACCAGGAUGCUUAGCAUGUCGACGCAUCGGUGUCAGUUGCACUGGCUAUGACGCUAAUUUUGUUUGGGUCGAGGAUGAUGGCCGAAUCAACCCAUCUCAAGGUCGGCGUAUCCUUCCAUGUGCAUCCACCUGGAAGGGCGUUGAGGUUCUACCCUCGGAUGUAGUGGACCUCUUGAUAUCCCAGUAUGACGAAGACAUUGGCGUUGGACAACAGACGACCCAGCCGUACUCCGUAUCUUCCCUGAAGUCGGUGAGCCACAAUCCCUUUUUGGUGUUCGCAGGCAUCCCCCCGAGGUCUCGGCAAAAUCCCGAAGGAGCUUCAGCAAGCCAGUUGUCAAAAUCCAUACCCCAGGCCAUGGAUAGCUUCCCGGACUCGACUUGGGACGAGGUAUUUUUGUUUCAUCAUUAUGUAACACACGUGGCUAUCAUCAUGAUGCCUUACGAGCACUCACGCAAUCCGUGGAAGAGCCAAUACCCCGUCGCAGCUCUGGAAUUAGCGUCUUCGGGACAAAAGUCCCUGUAUAGUGCCAUGUUGGCACAUGCCGCUUUCAAUGUGGCUCAUCUACGAGGAAUUGACAAGGAGAUGGUGCGCCUUGGCUCAAAGCAUUAUGGCGAGGCCAUCCAAGAGAUGCUCCAAACCAUUUCAGGAGAAGAGCUGGAUUUCCCUGCUACUAUGGUGUCGAUGAUGGCCCUCAUGUUCGCCGAGAUCUAUAGUGGGCCAUCUGGAUCAUGGAGGCAUCACUUCGAAGGCGCAUGGGCUUGGCUGAAGAAGCACUACGAUUCUGAGCCCUGGAAGUCUACAGGCCUGAUAUUCAGCUCUCUACAAAGUCUGAACAUUAUCAAAAUCAUCGGUGAUACUUCAAAGGGUGGGCUGGUGCUGGAACAGUCUGAAGUACAUCAUCAGCACAACGUUACUGAUUCCACAGCGGUGGCCCCAAUGUUGUCCACCUCAGAUUUUGGAUUCACGAUUGGCGCUCCUCGAAAUGUACUCCAAUGUAUUGCGCUGAUCACCGAUUUUCGAAACAAAGCACAAAGCGACUCAGAAGGUGAGGUCGAUGCGUUGCUUCAAACCCUCCUUUCACGUCUCGAGAUCCACAGCAACCAGGACGAUUCGCGCCGCGUCUUCGACGCAGAGUUGGUUCCUGAAAGCACUCCUGAUGAACCUCCCGGCAAUGAACAGUCUCCACCAGAAGCUUCGGACCAGAUUGAGGCGUUUGUCAACGCAACGUACAUCUAUAUGUACCGUUCAUUACUAAACGUUCCUCCUAAGACGGUCCGGCCGUAUGUCAAAAGGACAUUUUCACAUGUGUCUGCUUAUUUCGCCAUAAGCAAUGGCAACUUUUCUAUCUGGCCAGCUUUCAUUGCUGCUGUCGAGGCAUACUCGGAGGAAGAUCUCGUUGCAGCGAGGGAGUGGCUGGAUUGUGCCACGUCGUUUGGGAUCGGAAGCCGAAACUCGAUGAGACUGGUGGUGGAAGAGGUAUGGAGUCGACGAGAGGCAAUAUGCAAGGCAUCUGGAAUGGAACUUGGACUCAUUUCUGUUGACUGGAGGAGUGUGAUGCAAGAAGUCAACUGCGAUUUGUUGCUAGUCUAG